UGACAAGCGCGGAUGUGGCCUGGGGAUGGGUGUCGCAAUCUCCGCUCCUCAUUCUCUCGCAUCAUGUUCAACGUCCACGACGAGGAUCGACACGUUCCUGCUUCUCUUCUGACAUUCAUUUUCCGUGUCCUGUUGCGCUUCUCGUCCCGACUCUCGUCUCUCAGUCACUCGUUCAUUCAUUCAUUCGGUCAUUCAUUCACUGAUCUCACGACGCUCCUUCGGACAACGCGCGCCACUGCACUCCUUUCAAAUCUAUAGCCAUAUAAGCAACCAAAACGGUCGAUCUCUGAAGUAAUUACUUAUCAAGAACAAACGCUUCAAGAAACUGUUCGAAACGAAAAGAUGUUCUCAUCAACUCUAAUUCUCCUCGCGCCUCUGGCCCUUUUCGCCCAGAAUGUCGUCGCGACCAAUCCUGUCAUCCAGGUACCCUUGUUCGGGUACGGCAGCGAGUAUGCCGUCGAGGGUUCCGUACUCGCGGUCAACAAUGGUGUGACCACCAUGGCCCUCGCUUGCCCAUCAGCAUCGAAGACCACCGACUGCUACAUGUUUGCGCGUCAGACCUUGACCAUCGGCGCGAGCACCUACCGCCUCAACUUCCGUGGCGACGGCGGCCACGAGGAUAAUGUCAGCGGGUUCCAAGACUGCAAAGUCGGUGCAACCGUCGCCGUAGACGCCGGAUUCUCCUUUGCCAUUGGAGUCGGUGCCGGAACUGUUGGCAUCACUGCCGCAGCCCACGCCGGAGUCACUGACGCAGCUUCUGCCGUCAACGCUCAAUGCACUGUUUCCGCAGAUGGUGACGGCGAGGAGUACAAGCUUCACACAACCUCGUCGUAUGGCGCCCCCGGUAGCGAUGCUGACGGCAGAGGUGCGGUCUUCCAGGUCACUGUCGUCGCGGGCGCAAACCUCUUGACGGCGGCCGCGACCCAGGCGGCGACGGCGACUGGUACUGCAGCGCAGACGGGCUCAGGAGUCAAGACAACAGGUGCCGUGCAGACUGGAGGAAUCAAAGUGACUGGAACUGCACCGGCAGGCACUGCUGCAUCGUCGCAGCCGAGCACUGGCCAGGCGAGCCAGUUGGGUCUUAAACUCGCCCUGGGUGUGGUCGCUGCGGGAGUAGCAGGACUCCUAGCUCUGUAGAUAUUCAUACGUAACAUGCCGAUGUUCCAGCUAUUUGUUUCCUCUCUUAUUCUUUGAUGGCCUGA